AGAAGAAAAAUUGUGGUUAUAAUUCCAUUGUUUUGAAUUUGGCUAUUUAAUAAUGGAAUAUAAUAUUAUUACUUUGUAAUAUUAUGUUUCUUUAAUUAAAAAUAUAUGAAAGGAUGAGCUUACCAACUGAUUUUGGACCUGAUUCUGGAGGCCGUAUGAAGGGUGUUUGCAUAGUGAAACCGAUUGUUUACGGUAAUAUCGCGAGAUAUUUUGGCAAAAAACGAGAAGAAGAUGGACAUACCCACCAGUGGACAGUUUACGUAAAGCCUUAUAAUAAUGAAGAUAUGUCUGCAUAUGUUAAAAAAGUGCAUUUUAAACUACACGAAAGUUACACUAAUCAGAAUCGAAUAGUAGUUAAACCGCCAUAUGAAAUAAGUGAAACUGGAUGGGGAGAGUUUGAGAUUGUUAUUAAAAUACACUUUCAUGAUCCUAAUGAGAGACCUGUAACGAUGUAUCAUAUAUUAAAGUUAUUUCCUUCUGAAGGAACUCAAGAUAUAGGAAUGGAACAAGGAAAAGGUUUGGUGCUAGAAAGUUAUGAUGAAAUAGUUUUUCAGGACCCGACACAGUUGAUGCAUCAUCUUUUAACAAAUACCAAACAAUUAACUUUAGGAAGAUGGGAACAUAACACCAACUUUGAAGAAAAAAAAGAAAAAACUUUGAAAUCUAUUUUGGAUGCUAAACAAAAAGUAAGAACAGAGAUUGCUGUAUGUAAAAAUAAACUAAAAUUAGCCAAGGAGACCCUACAACAGUUCAAAGAUGAAAUUGCCAAAUCUCAAGAUAGCCAAUGAUUUUCAUAGGUAGAAUAAAAAUAAGUUAUAAAUAU